AUGAAGACUACCUCUGUCCUCGCCCUUUUGGGCGCCACCGUGGCCUCCGCCCAAUUCACCAACCAGACUGAGCCCUUCUGGCUCAAGUUCACCCCCUCUGACGGCGGCUCUGGCUCGACCUACCUCACAUCCUGCCACUCGGGCGCCGGCCAAGCCGGCCUCUGUCCGGAGACCCAGAGCCCCGUAGAGGAGGCCAACAGCUCGACCACGCACACGCAGUAUUUCCUUAACGAGACCCAGUCUGACUUCCAGGGCCACAUCCUUGGCGCCCUGACUUGGAACCAGCCCUUCGGCAACGUGGACCCCAUCUCCUCGGGCAUGGAGCUUAACCUGCAGCUCGUCUCGAACGGCGCCAUCCCCAUCUUCUCGCCGGGUGACAGCGCCCUUUUCAGCCUCGGCUUCGAUGAGAACGAGAAACUCUUUAUCGCUUCCAGCGCCGACGACUCCAAGGCCGCCCCAAACAAGCCCAAUUCCUCCUCCGAGGCGUACUACCGCUGGCAUGUCUGCUGGACGUAUGUCGGCAACUACUUCUACAAGUCUCUCGUCUGGGUCACCGCCGGUGCUGCGUCCAACCCGUAA